UAUUAGAAACUAGAGUGAAGGCAAUAGUAACCGGAAGUGUUGCUAUAAAUAGGGAGCAAGGGGAUCCAUGGUAUACGCAUGCAAAGCAAGUAUAAUAAUAUACACUGUGAUUGCAUUCUCUUAUCUUCUUCAUCAUAUUGGUGUGGGGAAGCAACACCAUGAGCCUCAGAAAUGGCAUGUGGGUGUGUGUGCUGCUGCUGCUGCAAGUGGCAGCAUCAGCAGCAGCAAAAGUGAGGCACUACAAGUGGGAGGUGGAGUACAUGUACGCCUCCCCGGACUGCAUCGAGAACGUUGUGAUGGGAAUCAACGGCCAGUUCCCGGGCCCCACCAUCCGAGCUCAAGUCGGCGACACCGUCGUGGUCGCCCUCACCAACAAGCUCUCCACCGAGGGCGUCGUCAUCCACUGGCACGGCAUCCGUCAGAAGGGCACGCCCUGGGCCGACGGCACCGCUUCCAUAUCCCAGUGCGCCAUCAACCCCGGUGAGACCUUCAACUACAGCUUCCAGGUGGACAAGGCCGGCACUUACUUCUACCACGGCCACUACGGCAUGCAGAGAUCCGCAGGCCUGUACGGAUCACUCAUAGUGGAGUUGGAGGACGGCAAGAGAGAGCGUUUCCACUACGACGGAGAGAUCAAUCUCGUGCUCAGUGACUGGUGGCACCAGAGCUCUCACCACCAGGAACUUGCCCUCUCCUCCAAACCCUUCCGCUGGAUCGGAGAACCCCAGAGUUUGCUGAUAAACGGAAGAGGGCAGUUCAACUGCUCCAUGGCGGGAGGCAUGAUCAACAGCACGCUUCCAAAGUGCAGGUUCAGAGGCAACGAGCAGUGUGCUCCUCAAAUACAGCACGUUCUUCCCAACAAGACCUACCGCCUCCGCAUUGCCAGCUCCACUGCUCUCGCUUCCCUCAACUUGGCCAUUCAGAAUCACAAAAUGGUGGUGGUGGAGGCCGAUGGCAACUACGUGACACCAUUCACCGUGGAAGACAUAGACAUAUACUCCGGCGAGAGCUACUCAGUGCUGCUCACCACCGACCAAGACCCUUCCAAAAAUUACUGGAUUGCCAUUGGCGUCCGAGGCAGAAAGCCCUUCACCCCCCAGGCCCUCACCAUCCUCAACUACCACCCCACCUCCGCCUCCCGCCUUCCUUCCUCUCCGCCUCCCGUCUCUCCCCUCUGGAAUGACUAUCAGCGAAGCCAGUCCUUUGCCCAGCAGCUCUAUGCCCUCAUGGGCUCCCCCUCCCCUCCCGCCACCUUCCACCGCCGCCUCGUCCUCCUCAACACCCAGAACCUCAUCAAUGGCUUCACCAAAUGGGCCAUCAAUAACGUCUCCUUAACGCUCCCCACCACUCCCUACCUGGGCUCCAUCAAGUACAAGCUCCAAAACGCCUUCGACACCCGGAGCCCGCCGGAUAACUUCCCCGCGGAGUACGACGUCAUGAAGCCGCCGGCCAACCCGACCUCGGUGACCGGCAGCGGGGUGUACAUGUUCGAGAUGAACCAGGUGGUGGAUGUGAUACUGCAGAAUGCGAAUGUGCUGAACGCUAGCUCCAGUGAGAUCCACCCGUGGCACUUGCAUGGGCAUGAUUUUUGGGUGUUGGGAUAUGGGCAGGGGAAGUUCGACCCGAAGAGGGACGAGGAGAAGUUGAACCUGAAGAAUCCGCCGAUGAAGAACACGGCGGUGAUAUUCCCGUACGGAUGGACGGCGCUGAGGUUCGUGGCGGACAAUCCGGGGGUGUGGGCCUUCCAUUGUCACAUAGAGCCUCAUCUGCAUAUGGGGAUGGGGGUGAUAUUUGCAGAAGGGGUGGAUCAGGUGGGGCAUAUCCCUCCUGAGGCUAUUACUUGUGGCCUCACAGGGAAGAUGCUGGUCACCACCAACACCACCGUCCACUAGUUACUCAUUGUUCUGUAUGUAACACUAGCGAGCGAUCAAUGGCUUAUUAGUCUUGUUGGUUCCAAUGUCGUUGUCAAGUUCGUUUAUAUAUGAUCCAUGAGUAUGAGUUCACAAGUGCGAGUGCGAGAUGCACCGUUUUCUUUUUAGUUUUUA